AUGGAGGGGCCAGAAACACACGCGGAGUUCUGGAGGAAGCAGGCGAUACCUGAGCAUUUGUAUUUUUCAAAAAAUUUCAAGGACACGGGCUCCCUGCCUCCGGGCCACCUCAUUUCUGCUGCUCCCUCUGCCUGGAAUGCUUUUCUCCCAAAGAGUCUGUGGACAGCCAUUCACCCAACACUUUCUUCUGUCUCUACUCCAACAUCGCCUCACCAGAAAGUCUUCUCCAAACGCCCCCGAACCCCAGCUCGGAGCCCUUUCGCCCUGCCGGCCCCUCCCUCGGCUCCACCCUCCUUCGUGUCUAGCACGGAACGGAAGGUUCCCGAGAGCAAGGGCUCCUGCUUGUCAACCGCCGGGUCCAGAUGCUGCCUGAGACCACGAGGCGAUAUUGAAGGCAGUUGCUCUGAACCCAGGGGCUGGUGUCUUCACUCUUCCCCAGGUCAGGAAGAAAAGGAGAACGUUCUGCGUGCACGGAUGUUUUUAAAGAUGCUGUUUGCCAGAGCAGGAUCCCGAGCCAUCUGCCGCCACAGGUCCGCCCGCGUUCCUGUGAAGAACAGCGGCGGUCCUCCUCUGUGCCCCCUAAGGCCGACCAGGAUAAACACUGCUGACGGCGGGCGGGUGAAAGAAGAAUCCCACUCAGCUAUUUUUAGUUUCCCCUUGAAGUCUUACAUUUCACGUUUUAAGUUUGUUUUCAGAGUUCUCUUCCAACCCAAAUAAA